AGGGAGGGAGCAGUUUAGAGGGUGGCCAUUUUCAUUUGUGUGGUAGUAUUUAACUCUUCAAUUCCAACUUAAAGCUGGUAAAUGGAUUUGGUUUCUCUGCCUGCUACUUUACUUUUCCUUAUCCAUUGUUUCUGCUUUCAUGGUUUGAGUUUAGGCAGCAUGUGACAUUUAUGCUACAUGCUCUUCUCCAGAAAGCAAAGUUAGCAACUAGCUGGUGAACAAAGUUAAGCAUUUAGUAGCUGAAGAGUCCAAAAAGGCGCUAAAAGAUGUCUUGAUUGUCUGAGUUAUGCACCAACGUGUUGUGGGCUCUUAGUAGUCUCUUAGUGCAACAGAUGUGAAGCCGUGAACAGUUCGUGUCACAUAAGCUCUCACACACACGGCGCCGGUAAAGGUGGUGCACGGGGCCACAUGUUUGGAGGCAAUUAAAAUAGCACAAUUACUCGUACAGGUAAUCUAUGUGCUUCACGCAGCAUGUUGGCGAUAGCAAAACGCUAAAUUAAAUGUAAAUGUUUAAACACGAGGGGCCAAAACAACAUUAACAUUAAGACAAAUAACAGUCUUAAUGUCUUAUCUAUAUCAUACCGAGGUUUAUUAUCCUGGUAUGUGUGUGAGAGAGUCUCUGAAUUCAUGCCUCUGAUGUUUACGAGAGAAUUAAUGGGAUUUAGUGAACGUUUGCUUGUGUGUAGCUGAGGUUAGCUGACGUACCUCAUCCUCAAAAGUGUGCAAAAAUGCCGGAUAAAUCUUUCCUCUUCAAACAAAGUUUGAAAUCAAUGCGUGAUUUGAACAUUUGGCAGAAGAGUAACUGGGAAGACCCCCUGAUGUUUGUUCAUCUGGCCGACAGCAAGAAGAAAACUGUUCUUGAGCAGUUUUUCAUCUUCGAAAACCAUUUGUUUCGACAGAUUUCCCAGAGUUAAUCAUCGAUCUGAGUCACACCGACGCCCUUAAUGACAGUUACCACCACACGCUCCACUGGAGUGCUGACACCAAUACGCUGGUGGGCUUCAAGCGCUGCCUUUGCGUCGCAGCCGCUGUGCUGCGUGAGUGCGUGUGUUUGCGCGGGUCGAGUUCAGGCAUGUCCCGGUGUCCUCCCUCCCGUUCCCUCUACUCUCUCGCUCCUCCUAACCUCCCAUUUCCUGUGGAGUGCUGGUGUGGAACUGGUGUUCAGGCACACUCCUGCAGAACAAGGCCGAGGAGGAGAGAGGAGGACCUUACCGAUAGUGACCGUCUGGGGCUCCGAAUGGGGAAGGGAGGGAGAUAUUCAGCCUGACGAGGACCAGAGCCCGCUGUCAGCUCAGCCCACCGGGUCACAUCCUUCAGCCACUGACACGUUCACACACACACACACACACACAACGUGCUGUGCUGUGUUGCUGGGGACACGAGGUCAGAAGAUUUAGGAUCCUUCCGCUCGUCAUUGCGCUGAGGGAGUCCAGCUAGGGGAAGACUGGAAGUCUCUUUAGGGUCAGAUUCCCGUCUGACGCAGGCUUUUCCCUAACCGUUGAUUAACCAGGAACUCUCUGAGCGGGAUGUGGAUGUCGCCCGGAGUCUGGACAUGUGCUCAUCAUCCUCUCUUUGCGUAACAGCAAGUGGUACAAGGCACCGCUUGGCCUGAAUAUUAGGAAAUCCCCUCAGGGAACAUUUGUAUGUGUGAUCCGCGGUGGAUCCGUUGGCAUCCAACGGAUUAGGGAUUAAUGCUUGAGGGUAAGUGGGGGACACUACGUUAGGGAUGCUGGGGAUGGAGGGUCUGCAGCUCCACAGUCCCUGACCCCCUCAGGUAUGACCCAUACCCUGAAACCCUCAUGGAGCUCUCUGGACAGGGGUACGGCCGACUGGUUCGGGGUGAGCAAAGACAGCGACAGCACCCAGCGAUGGAGGAGGAAGAGCCUGCAGCACUGCAGCCAUCUGUACGGGGGCCUGAAGCCACAGGUGAUGAGGGAGAGGGAGCUGCACAGCCAGGACAACAUCUCCCUGGCCAGCACUGAGACCCCUCCCCCCCUCUACCUCCCACCCUACCACCAUGGCAUGCAGAGGAUCGUCGACCCCCUGGCUCGGGGUCGAGCCUUCCGCAUGGUGGAGGAGGUCGAUGGCUUCAGUGUGCCGCAAACCCCCAUCACGCCCGGCACCGCCUCCCUCUGCUCCCUUUCCAGCUCCCGCUCCGCCCUCAACUGGUUGCCACAGCGACGCAAACGGGAGUCUGUCGCAGUCAUGAGCCUCAAGGCUGCAGCAGCUUUGAUGAAGGGUCGCCCUUUAGCCGAGAGCACCUCUGGGCGUUCUCGCCGGCGGAGUUUCAUGCCCUCUAGUUUCCUGGAAGACGACACCGUGGACUUCACCGAUGAUCUGGACACUUCCUUCUUCACCAGGGAAGGCCUGCAGGAUGAGCUGUACAGCUUUGUCGACGACGUUUUUGAGACCCCGUCGGAGGCCGACCUCAAACAGCUGGACGAGAGCGAGCUCACAGGCAGUGCGUUGGACAGGAUCGAACUGGAGAGGAGCCACCUCAUGCUGCCCUUAGAGCGAGGAUGGCGAAAGGCAAAAGAUGUCUCUCCGAUCCAACCGAGGCUGCGUCUGAAACAGGAAGUGGUCAGCGGGCAUCAGCAGCGGGGACAAAGGAUCGGGGUCCCCGUCAAGAAGCUGUUUGCCAGAGAGAAGAGGCCCUACGGGCUGGGCAUGGUCGGCCGCCUCACCAACCGCACGUACCGCAAGCGCAUCGACAGCUUCGUCAAGAGGCAGAUCGAGGACAUGGACGAUCACAGGCCCUUUUUCUCUUACUGGAUCACGUGUGUCCAUUUGCUGGUCACCGCUCUGGCUGUGGCUGUGUACGGCAUCGCCCCCGUGGGCUUCUCCCAGCAUGAGACGGUGGACUCUGUGUUGAGGAACAAGGGAGUUUAUGAAAACGUCAAGUUUGUGCAGCAGCAAAACUUCUGGGUGGGUCCAAGCUCAGAGGCGCUGAUCCACCUGGGAGCCAAGUUUUCCCCGUGUAUGCGCCAAGACCCGGAGAUCCAGAAACUGAUCCAGGAGAAGCGAGCGCGAGAGGGCGAGUCGGGCUGCUGCGUGAGGAACGAUCGCUCCGGCUGCCUGCAGACGUUACAGGAGGAGUGUUCGAGCACCCUGGCAGUGUUUGUGAAGUGGCCUCAGCACCCCAGUGCUCCGUCUCUCAAUGGCACUCUACGCCGACAUGGUGCAGUGUGCCAUCAGGACCCCAGAAUUUGUCUGGAGCCAGCCUCAGUUCCGCCCCACGAGUGGCCCGAUGACAUCACCAAGUGGCCAGUUUGUACGCGGUUCAACUCUGGGAAUCACACCAACCUCCCCCACAUCGACUGCACCAUCACGGGCCGGCCGUGCUGCAUCGGGACCAAAGGACGAUGUGAAAUCACUUCAAGGGAGUAUUGUGACUUCAUGCACGGCUUCUUCCACGAGGAGGCUACUCUUUGCUCGCAGGUGGCCUGCAUGGACGACGUGUGUGGCUUGCUGCCUUUCCUCAACCCUGACGUUCCGGACCAGUUCUCUCGACUCUGGCUGUCUCUCUUUCUCCACGCGGGGAUCCUGCACUGCCUGGUGUCGGUCUUCUUCCAGAUGUCCGUGUUGAGGGACAUCGAGAAGCUGGCUGGCUGGCUCAGGAUCUCCAUCAUCUACGUGCUCAGCGGCGUCACCGGGAACCUGGCCUCAGCCAUCUUCCUGCCCUACAGAGCCGAGGUGGGUCCAGCCGGCAGCCAGUUCGGCAUCCUGGCCUGUCUGUUUGUGGAGCUGUUUCAGAGCUGGCAGAUCCUCGAGCGACCGUGGCGAGCUUUCGCCAAGCUGCUGGCCAUCUCGGCCUUCUUCUUCUCCUUCGGUCUGCUUCCGUGGAUCGACAACUUUGCCCACGUCUGCGGUUUUGUUUCUGGAUUCUUCCUGUCCUUCGCCUUCCUGCCGUACAUCAGCUUCGGGCAAACCGACAUGUACCGGAAGCGGGUCCAGAUCUGCGCCUUCCUGCUGGUCUUCCUGGGUCUGCUGUCCGCCCUGGCGGUCCUCUUCUACGUCUACCCUGUGAAGUGUGACUGGUGCGAGUUCCUGACCUGCAUCCCGAUAACGGACAAGUUCUGCGAGAAGUACGACCUGAAUGCUCACCUCCUCUGAACACGAACCCGAGAGGCGGGAAGGUCUCAACGUCUGUUUUACGACGCUGCUGUGGAAACUUCUCCUGGAAUAAGGAGCAGUCUUUCAGGGUUUUGCGUGAAUGCUCGUGUUUUGCUGUUUGGGAAGCUGCAACUGACCCAUGAUGGACAAAGGCAAGACAGCCUGGGGGGGAGGGCACGGGCGAGGUCAAUAAUAAUGAUUCCAUGUGUCAUUGAUCUCUGGCUGGCUCAUCGAUGAACUGUCACUUUUGGGGAAAAUGGACUGGACAACAGCGCUUUGUGGCCAAAAGCAAAACGGCACAACUUGAGACCGUGGAUGAGCCGAGGAUCUCUGUUUUGUACUUUUUUAGUGAUUCAACUUGACCAUUUACUUGCCUUUGUGACACAAAACCACACGCAGUGUCUAUUUGUGCCAUGUUUGUGUCAGCAGUCAAUUAAUCUGACCAACAAACUAAUGUGUGUUUUUACUUCAGUAUUUGGUGGCUGAAUUGUUUUCUACCACAGCCUUUAAUAUACUUCAAUCACACAGGAGUCCUUUUCUUUUCAUUCAUGUAGGAGUGUCAUGUUAUUCAAGGUGGUGGCGUUCUAGUCACCUGACAAUAAACACCACAGGAUACCGGUGCCCGGUGUCUUCCUUUUGACUUCAUCGUAGACUCAAAUCACAACCUGAAAAACACACGGCAUCAAUGCAAUUGUUGUGGUUCGGUUCAAUGUGUGUGUUUGGAUAUGAGCGAGGUGUCGCCCCGCCUGCCGUCCCUCCGUUGAACAGGAAGGACGCGGCUUCGUGCACGUUCAAACCUGCACGUCUAAUGAUCAUCGCUCCUCAGGCCUGGAAUGCAAAACGAAUUCAGAGCGUCUUUUGAAUGGCGUACCGAGGCAUGAAGAUCAAAAAAGACUAUCAACUCUAAAUUUGAUUCAGGUUUCAGCAAAAUCACUGCUGAAAGCAUCAGAAAUGUGGUUCAAGGUUGAAUGUGAACAAACUAUGAGUCAAUAAAAACGGAAAUAUAGAAAACAACAAUAUUGUGGAUAAAGUGACUCUCUUCUGG